CCGAGCACAUUCUUUACAGAGAUGAGACGGAACUAUUUUGCAAUUUUCUGUUUUUAUGGAAUUGCAUGAAAAGUGUAUGAUUAGUAUUUUUCCAUAUAUGAAAAUUGUAUGACUAGCAAUUUUGGUCAACCCGGUUGAAUAGAAAUUUUGUUACAACUUUAAAUCGCGCACCUUCAAACCAUCAAAGCCAAAAAAAAUCAGACUUUUGGAGGACUUUCAAAUGAAAGUUUUCUCAGAAAUUUUAAAAAGGUUUUCCUGCAAAUAUAGGUUGGAGAUGUUUGCAUAUUUCUUACUAUCGCUACCGAAGAAAGCUAUUCAUAUUGACUAUAAUUUUAUUAUCUGAGGAAAAAUGGAAAAAGGCGGGUUUCGCAUAAAUGAUUUGACCGAUUACAUCCCCUGAAGAAGUAAAUGGUUUAAAUCAAUUGUAAUCCCCUACCCUGCAGACAAAAAAACAGCAAAUCUCAUUGAUUUUCAACUCCUUACAAUGUUUUGUUUUAUUACUUUACCCAGUGAAAGGUGGUUGAUAAAAUUGGCAGGUGAUGUCGUUACCCAAUCAAAUUAUGCAAAAUUUUCGGCGGUUUGGAGGCCAAAACACAAUUCAAUGUUUUCAAGCUGCGGUCUACAAAGAUAUUUCUUUCUUUUUCUAAGCAAUUUAUGCAAUUUUGUCCUCUUUUUUCUCAGCAUCUCGAGAUACGCUUGAAGGCAGCUUUCAUUCGCCACAUGGGAUUUAUUUAACUAAGGAUAUUAUUUUUAUCCCUUACACAUAGAUAAUAAUAAAUGAUAUUGUUAUAAGUUUGUCCUGGAGGUUUAGCCACAUGCAUACCAUUCAGUGAUUCCAUUGUAGAUAAUAAAAAUCAUACUCGAUACAUUUAUAAAUUUGUUAAUAUUGAAGUUGAUCGAGUGUUAGAUAAAUCUGAAACGUUUCAAUAAUUAUGAUCGGAUUGUUUAUUUUUUAUUGAAAUAAUCAGAACGAUAUCAGAAAGUGUUUUUUUUUCGUAAUUAUCUGGUUUCGUAAUUUUUCUGUUUGUCAAUUUUUUGAAAUUGAAAUCUAAUACUUUUUUCUCAUUAGACAAUUUUCAACAAACUUAUUCGAGUCAUCAUGUCGUCAAUGUUCAACAUGAAAUUAAUUUACUUGCUAUUUACAAUACUUUUUCGUUCCAUUGUUUAUUCGACCCUGGAAGCGAACGACCCUUCGGAACCCACUCUUCCGUUUUAUAACAUCCCCCUCAAAGGGGUGAUAGACGAAGGCUACUCUGCAGCCAUGGACAUCGGCACCCCGCCUCAGACGUUCAAUCUGCUGAUCGAUACUGGCAGUAGUAAUUUGGCAGUGGCAGGCACCCCUGUGGACUACGUACCCAGUGUAUUUCUGCACAAGCAGUCAUCCACCUUCAGCUGGUUAAGCGACAGAGUAUCCGUCCAGUACAGUCAAGGCUAUUGGGAGGGCGAACUAGCACGUGACCAACUCAAGUUUUCAGCUCUGCCCACUCGACCAAUCACAGCCGAGUUUGCAGUGAUAGACUACUCUGAGGAUUUCUUCUCGGAAGGCACGGAUUGGCAGGGUAUUCUGGGACUGGGUUACGAGACUAUAGCUGAAGAGGGCGUGGAGCCUUUCUGGGUGAGUUACAUCAGAGAACACAUCUUCAAGGACAUCUUCUCCCUCAGUCUCUGUGGGUUGCAGAGCAAGACUCACCUGGACCAGAGCAGUCCAGAUGGGAGAAGCAAAGACGAUGAUGAAGCCCAGGGAACGCUGACGUUGGGCGGUGCUGACCCGGAUGUGUUUGUGGGGUCGAUGCAGUUCACGCCCAUUGUGAGACCAGACUACUUUGAAGUGCUCAUCACUGAUGUCAAGGUCAACCACGACAGUCUCAGACUAGACUGCAAAGAGUACAACUUCCCUCGCUCUAUUGUGGACAGCGGAACUACUAAUUUACGACUGCCUGCCAGAGUUUUUGAUGCAGUGAUAUAUCAACUCACCAGUUAUGUCCAAACAACUAUGACAGACACGGAGCUGCCUGAGGAUUUCUGGGGUGGGGACGAAGUGAUCUGCUGGGAACCCUCGAACGAGAAAUUCAAUCUGUUCCCCACUCUCUCUAUAUCUUUUCUAGACAUCACAUCAACAAAUUCUACUCCGACUUUCUUUGACGUCACAAUUGUACCUGAACAGUACUUGAGUCCAGUUGUUUUUAAUGGUCAAACUCUGACACCAGAAUCGAAGUGCUUCAGGCUUUCAAUCAGCCGAUCAGAUGAAGGAACUGUUUUGGGUUCAACUUUCAUGGAAGGAUUUUACGUUAAAUUCGAUCGAGCAAACAGUCGGAUUGGAUUCGCGGUGUCCAAGUGCACUCGCUAUGCAAAUCUCGACAAACCACCCGCUGUGAGCGAGAUUCGAACCCUUGACGUGUCUCAAAUCGGGAAUAAUUACAACCCUCCGUUUGACUUGCUCGAAUGUAAAUUUAACAUGUACGAACCCGAUGAAAGGCCGAUUUUGAUUGCAGCUUACGUUUUGAUCAGCAUUGCUUGUUUGUGUUUGUUGCCCAUAAUCGUGACCUUCGUUCAUGGACAAUUUAUGGAAUGCAGAGACAAUGAUUACGACCAUGAUUCAGAAGAUCGUGACCAGUUAGUGAAGUGAACCAUGUAUGGCCAGAACCAGAAGUGAAAAAAAAAGUUUGCAUCAGUCAUAAUAUGGAAAAUAAAAUGGCAAAAAAUUCUCAAAAUGAACUGCCAAAAAUGUGUAAAAUGGUUUCGAGAAAGUGAUUUAUUUUUCGACAAAUGUAUAAUUCUUAAGAAUGAUUUGAUUUUGAAGUACUUUAAUGAAGUAACUUAACUUCAAUUUAAUCUAGUUUAGAUUAUAUUUAUCUCUAUGAGGAUCAAAAUUUACUAUUUUCAAAUAA